UGCUACCUGAUUUAUGUGUUACUAUUUUAAGAAAAAUAGAAAGUCCGUGGGCAGGAUCCUAAAACGAAACCAUAUACAUACAUAUACAUAGCUGAACGGAACAUGGCUGCGUCUAAAUUGAUUAUUCAACACAUCAUAAUCGGAUUACUUUGCUACUACUCCGCUCCUGCCGACGCUUCAUUUCCCUAUUAUGGUGCGAAAAUUGGAGCGUUAAAAAGACUGCAUCACGGCGUUUCGGGAGAUGUAUAUGCUGUGGACUCUCGCACCCUUUUUAUAAAGAACUUUAAUUAUGAUGGCGAAGCUCCUGCUGCCUAUUUCUAUGUGGGCAACACGCCGAAACCCAGCAACGAUGGAGCACAACGUCUGCGAGAUGAACGUGGUGGGGACAGUGCGCUCACUCGACGAUAUCGUAAUAAAGAUGUAACACUUUCCUUGCCCGAUGGUAAAACUUUGAGAGACAUCAAAUGGUUUUCGGUUUGGUGCGACGAGUUUGCCGUUAAUUUUGGUGAUGUUUCCGUACCAAGUGAUUUGGACUUUCCUAGGCCGCAAAAAAUUGCAGCUCUCAAAGGAGUGCAUGGUGUAUCCUCGGACAGCAUCGUAAUUGUGGAUGCACAAACUCUUUUAAUACCAAAUUUUAGUUACGAUGGAGAGGCACCAGAUGCGAAAUUCUGGGUAGGUCGCGGACAGCGGCCCAGUCCUCAAGGUCUUCGAAUACCCGACGAAAAUGGCAAAGAAAAUCCACUUCGUCGAUACGAUCGAAAAACUAUUGUGCUCACCCUACCUGACGAUUUGACUAUUUUCGACAUAGGACACUUUGGAGUAUGGUGCGAGGCUUUCACUGUCGACUUUGGCCAUGUUCGUAUACCCGAAGGAUUGAACGUGCCACCGUCUCUGAAAAUGCUUGGCAUUAGCCCCCAGUCAAGAUUGAAUUGUGAAGUUCUUUAUGACGAUUUAGCAUUUGAAGUGAGGUGGGCCGUAGCCGGUGACAGCAUUGUAAUACAACUUAUAGCCAAAUUGGAUACCAACGAAUACAUGUCCUUCGGCGUUUCACAAAAUCCUGAAAAAAGCAUUAUGAUUGGCUCUGAUGUUGUAGUAGCUUGGGUUGAGAAAGAUUCUGGUAAAGGCUUUGCAGUGGACUAUUACUUGGGCGAUAAGUCACAAUGUUCUGGUGGACUUGGAGUUUGCCCAAAAGGCAACAUUCAGAAUGAGACAAACUCAAUACGUCUACUAAACGCUGCUUGGGUUAAUGGAUAUUCUAUUGUUACAUUCCAACGUUCUCUGCAAUCAAAUAGCAUGCUUGAUGUCCCGAUAUUGGUAAAUAAUUCUCAGGCCAUCGUAUGGGGUAUCGGCCCACUUAAUGAACGCCACGAAGCCUCAUAUCAUACUCAUUACACACGCUUGACAACUCGUAUUGAUUUUGGUCGGCAACCUAUUUGGAACUGUCCAUCGCCCGAAGGCAACAAACCAGCUGACGAGAGUGAUGAAGACGAAGUCGAAAGUGGCCAGGGUUACCCGUCGUCUACAACUUCGAGUCAAACUAGUUUGGAGUCUGAAGAAGAACAUUACAAUACUCCGCAGGCGCUGCAAAGUGCGAAUAGGCGUCAAGAACAAGCGCAUCAACGGCCUCAAUCGCACUCACGUCCCGUACCUACACCGAAAGUGUCGAACACUAAUGGCGCAUGGGACAUUCCAGCUAUAGAAUGCUAUGAACCAGAGGAUGGUGUAUUUUAUGCACAAAUGGGUCCAACAGGUGGAAAACAUGGCUACUCUGCUAUAACUGGCCACGUUGGUUGGGGUAUAUCAUGGUAUAUUAACGGUUUAUUAAUUCCUGAAAUUCACGUUGUUCGCGGCAAAACCUAUACGUUUGUGGUUGAAGGAGGUAUAGAUGCGGAUAUACCUGCGAAAUACCAUCCAUUCUAUAUCACCGAUGACCCUGUGGGUGGCUAUGAACAUAAACUAGAGGAAGAAAAAAAGGGUGUACGCAUAUUCGCUGGUGUGCAUCGUUCUCGUUCUGGGCAAUUGACGCCAACUGGGGUUGGUCGUCUCUGCAACUGGACACCGGAUGUUGAUGGCCCCUUGGCUGAUGAUUUUCAAUCAUUUGGGGCCUAUCAACGUACAUUGACUUUAAAAUGUGAUCCCGGUGAACCCGGCGUUAUUACUUGGACUCCGGACCAUAAUACACCAGAUACUGUUUAUUACCAGUGCUUCACUCAUCGUUAUUUGGGAUGGAAGAUUCACGUACAUGAUUUCUGCGAUGAUUCACGUUUCAUUGCAUCGGCAUCGAAGAAAUACGAAGUUCGCGUACCAUAUCACGCUCCCGGCGAUGGCGAUGAUAUCGCUGCUGAGGCAUCAAUUCGUCACGAAACAAAGGUCAGCCCCAACGAUAAUUUUUUAUUGAAGCACCAAACAGAUUUGAUUAAAAAUCAUAAUAUGAAUGGAACACCGCCAAAAUUGACAUUUGAAAUAACAAAAUCAUCGGAAAUUACUAAACUGAUUUCAGAUGGAAUCCGGGCUGCAGAAGCUCUCGAGGAGAGCAUACUAAGGAACACCAACAACCACAACCGAAAUGUCAACAACAAUAAGAAUAUAAACCAUAUUGCUGCUAAGGUCCCGAUGCGAGGUUUACCUACCAAUAAACAACAAGAGCAACUGUCAAAUCCGAGUCCGACAGCAAGUAUCCAAAUGAAUGACAUAGAAGCUGCUCAAGGACAAAUAUCGUUCGAACCACGUAUUACCACAUCCGUACCGGAAACAUUACAUGGAGAAAAUCAUAUCCAAUCAUAUCACAAAACUCCACAAUCAUUGUUACACAUUAACUCUAAAAAAAUAUUAUCGUCCACAUUAUCAUCAACACCUCUUCAUCAUCAUAUGCAUCACCAUUCACAUCACCAUCUAAAUAAUCUUACUAAUAUUGCAUUGCAAUCACAGAAAACAAUAGGUCUCUCAGAGUUUCUCCGCCCACCACAUAAUGCAGCUCUUUUUCAUCCAGUCAAAUUACCAGGACGUCGACCAUACAUUGGACCAAUAAAGAAGGUGCCAGCCACCAGGACUGUACUUCCGCAACAGUUACACCGCAUACCACAUCCUCCCAUACAGCCCAUACCACAACCUUCUGUUAUAGUCAGUCACUAUCACAAGCCGGUGCCGAGCCUGCUGAAACCAUUUAUCAAAGAAAACCCACUUCCAAUUCAACCUAUAGCAGCGUCCGUAUUAUUGCUGGGUCAAUGGAAGUGAAGAUAAGAAUAAUAUUUUUCAAUCGCUUUCGCUACCAAAUCAAGUGCUUGAGAAGUCCGAUCCACUUUCUGUACCGACAAACAUCUUUAAGAAAAAUGUGGAUACACAAGAUGUCAAAGAGAACCCUUCUUCGCUAGAUAUUGCCACUAUGAAGCCUGCCAUCAAUAAUGGUUUCAAACCUGAUUCGGUGGUCGUGGAAAGUGGCUUUCGACCAAUUUUGCGCAAAGACGGCGGCUCGAAACUACCCAACAUAGAUCAAGUGGCACAUCGGCGUGAGGAUCCAGGAUUAGAGAUUGAUGAGGUAAUGGAAACAGACACACUUUUUCUAACAGCCCAAAAAGAUACACAAACUCAAAAUUUCGAACCAAUGUUUAUCCCGUCGCCACUAGAUAGCACUAAUGUUACUGUAAUAAUACGAAAUGUUGGCUCGUCUUCGUCUAGUCCACAAUUAAAGGUGCUUGAUGCAAAGAUCAUAGAAAAUAUGCCCGCAGUUGCCAAGCUUCGCAACGCGACAAUAGAGGAGAUUUUGUUAGAACUAAGAGAAGACGAGCGUUUGGAUGACAAUGUUACAAGUAAACUAGAUGAAAAUGUUACGAAUUUACCCGCAAAUGAAAUUGCCAAACCGGAGGAAGCUUAUUCUAGUGAACAACAGAACAAAAAUACAUCCGAAUUGUACGUGUUGGAUAGUCUGUCCGAAAUGGAGGCUAUCGAUGAAGAAGAUGACCGCGAAGCUCAGGCGGCAGAACGAAUAGAUACAUACUACCUACCACCAGAUAACCGCAAAAUACCACAUGCCAGCUUACCGAGCGGUGCAGUUGUUACAUUUGAUGGUAAAUCUAUUGUAGACGGCAAUUUAGUUUUGCCACCCAAAUUGGAGGCACUAGAAGAGCCCAGUUCACACCGCCAAGCACACGGUCUCUCCCAAAUUGAACAGCUCAUACGAAGUACACCCCAAGUUAGACCAUUUCGAGGGGAAAUACCACAACCCGUGGCUGAGUUUCUCUCGAACGAACGUUCAAGAAAUAGAGCCUCCGGCACCGGCUCUGGUGGUAUAGUCGGUGGUACAGGGUCUGGAAUUGGCGGUCCAUACUUGCCUUCGACCUCACUUUCACCGCCUCGAGUGCACUCAACCAAACUGCAAAAAUUAGACGAAUCGGCUUUUCGGCACUAGCUUUACUACAAAGGUGAAUGGAGAUAUUUACGUACACAUGUACACACAUAGGUACCAUAGAAGCGUCCUUUAAUAUUACUAUUGAUAAAAUUAAAUAAAAUUGAAGAAAUUUCUUAGCGUAAAUAAAAUGAGGCAAAAUACUCUAAAAGCUAAA